AUGUCGCUCGAGAACUACACCAAGCUGGAGAAGGUCGGAGAAGGGACAUACGGUGUCGUCUACAAAGCCAAAGAUAUCCGGAACAACACCUUUGUCGCGCUCAAGAAGAUCAGGCUGGAGGCGGAAGAUGAAGGCGUACCGAGCACGUCUAUCCGGGAGAUCAGUCUGCUGAAGGAACUGAGUAAGGAUGAUAACAUUGUCAAACUGCUCGAUAUCGUUCAUUCAGACUCCAAGCUGUACCUGGUCAUGGAGUUCCUGGAUAUGGAUUUGAAGAAGUAUAUGGAUACCGUCGGGGAUAAGGAUGGACUGGGACCCAAUAUGGUCAAGAAAUUCACAUAUCAGCUCGUCAAGGGGUUGUACUACUGCCACGCCCACCGCGUCCUGCACCGGGAUCUCAAACCUCAGAACUUGCUCAUUGACAAGACAGGAAAUCUGAAGAUUGGAGAUUUCGGUCUGGCAAGGGCAUUCGGCAUCCCCCUCCGUACCUACACACACGAGGUUGUCACGCUUUGGUAUCGCGCCCCGGAAGUCCUCCUCGGCUCCCGACACUACUCAACAGCCAUCGACAUGUGGUCCGUCGGGUGCAUUUUCGCAGAGAUGGCUAUGCGCCAGCCGCUCUUCCCUGGUGAUUCCGAGAUCGACGAGAUCUUCCGUAUCUUCCGUGUCCUCGGUACACCAAACGAGUCCAACUGGCCCGGAGUGAGCGCGCUGCCCGACUACAAGGCUACAUUCCCCCAAUGGAGCGCGACGUCCCUCCGCGCGGCCGUCAAGGGGCUGGACGAGACUGGACUGGAUCUGCUCGCUAGCACGCUGGUAUAUGACCCCGCAGGGCGGAUCUCCGCUAAACGCGCAAUGAACCAUCCGUACUUUGCCUCGGCGGUCGGUCUCAUCUAG